AUGUCUUCACUACCUAGUUGGUGUCCUGAAUAUUCACCUUUAAAAAUUAACCCAGUGACAGGGUUGGAAGUAUACUGUAUAUGUAAGAAACCAGAUGAAGGUGAACUAAUGGUUGGAUGUGAUGGGUGUGAUGACUGGUUCCAUUUCAAAUGCCUAAAAAUGCCAAAUAAAUAUAGACGACUGGUGGCAGCUUUCUACUGCCCAUAUUGUCAAGCUGGUAUAACAGGUAAGGAUAAAGAUGACGCCAGUAAGCCUUUGCCAAAAACUUUAUGGAAACGGAAAUGUAGAGUUGAAGAAUGUUACGAGCCAUGUGCAGAACAUAGUAAAUAUUGUUCAGAGGAACAUGGCUUACAAUAUAUGAGAAAUGUUGUGAAUAAAAGUACGGUUGAUGAUAAUGAAAAGAGUGCAGAAGUGGUUAGAAAAAUGCUGUUUGUUUCAGAAGGAAAUAAUGGCAUUUUCCAGAGCAUAGGAAAAGAAAAGUUUAUAGAUGAUAAUAUACCGACGGAUGUAGAUCCAGUUCUGUACAAAAAAAUUAUAGAGCAAGAUUCUGGAUUAAGUCAAUUAACACAUUCGCAGGACAAGUGCAUCAAUGUCACAAUGAAGGGUAUUCAAGAACGUAUAACUACUCUUGAUAAAUACAUCGAUUGGGUUGAAGAUAUUAAUACGAAAUUGAAUGCCUCCCAAGAUGAUGAAAAUGGGAACAAUGACGAUGAAAGUGUGAACCAUGCAAAGAAACUAUCAUCUAAGAAAAGAAAAAGAAAGGGUAACAAUAAAAAGGCAGUUGCAAGGAAGACAAUAUGUGGUUAUUCUUCGGAUUUAUCAAUUAUCCCAUGUACUUCUGAAGAAUUUAUGCAACUAUAUAGAGAUGGAUCGUCAAGCGAAACCCAAACUGAGAUAAAAGGUAUAUGUAGUAAAUUAAAAUGUAACAGGCACCAUGAUUGGAUGUCGAUCGAUUCGGAUCAACUACAACAAGAUAUGGAAACAGCAGAGGCUAACAAUGACAGGCUUUCCACUUUGAUAAAGAUGCGGAAACGUCAACUGCAUUGCCAAUUCUACGAACAAUUAAUUAGCGCACACCUUCAGGUUGAGCCCACUCCUUCCUAG